CGAAUCGUCAUCACCUUUCUGAUAAUAUACGUAUUUACGAUGAGAAAUUACGAGAUUCUACCGGACAAUUAAUAUUUUAAAACGCAUAUGGAAAAAUCUAGUUGAAACUUUUGGUUUAAAAUUAUUAAAGUGUUUCAAUGAAGUUUGCGUUUAUUUUGGCAAUAUUAGCCGCAUUUUUACUACAAAACACAACAGCUAUUCGUUGUGACAGAAGCCCCGAAGGCUUUAGUGCCAGCAAAUCACCUGCUGAUGGAAGAUUUCGCUUGAAAAUUACUGGCAAUCCUGAGAGAUAUGCUCCAGGAGAAGUUUACACAAUUACGUUAUAUGGAACCAGACCCUUACAAGUGCCUCAAAAAUUCAUUGGAUUUGCAAUUGGAGCCGAAAAAGAAACUGACAGUAAAGAUCAAUUUGUAUCAUCUUAUCGUGCUAAAACCCAAGAUGUUGGAGAAUUUCAACUUGACACGUCAGAUGCACUCGCAAUAUUUAGCAGCAGAUGUCCUGGCUUAAUUCAACACAGUAGUUCGAUGCCGAAAACCGAAGUUCAAGUACUGUGGACAGCACCGUCCGCUGGUGCCGGAUGCAUUGCCAUCCGAGCAACGGUGAUUGAACAUCGGGACAUUUGGUACAAAGAUGACGGUCCCUUAAGCAAAGUUCUUUGCGAAGAUGAGGUGGAUUCUUUGGACUCGCAACCAGCGAUUAUGGAGGAAUGUUGUGCAUGUGAUGAAGCAAAGUACGAAUUGACCUUUGAAGGGUUAUGGUCACGACACACACAUCCAAAGGAUUUUCCCUCAAAUGGAUGGUUGACGAGAUUUAGUGACGUGAUUGGAGCAAGUCACACCGUUGAUUAUCGUUUUUGGGACUACGGACGUCGGGCAUCUGAUGGACUACAACAAAUAGCUGAACAUGGAUCUACAAGGAAGUUAGAAUUUGAGUUGAAAGAUGAAAGUGCACACAUUCGAACGAUUAUCAAAGCUAGAGGAAUAUCAUAUCCGAAUGUUACUGGAAAGACUUUUGCGGUAUUCAGAGUAGAUUCUAGCAACCAUUUGGUAUCUCUGGUUUCUCAAAUCGAUCCAUCGCCGGAUUGGUUCCUUGGAGUUUCCGGUUUGGAACUUUGUCUCCCGAAUUGUUCUUGGGUUGAAAAUAAAGUUUUGAAUUUAUAUCCGAUUGAUGCUGGUACUGACAGCGGACCUUCGUACAUAUCUCCGAAACAACCGACAAUUCCACGUGACGCCAUUCGUCGCAUCAAAACAAACUAUCCAAACGACGUGAGAUCUCCGUUCUACGACACUUCGGGCAACGAAAUGAAACCAAUGGCAAGACUUUACUUGAAUCGUCAGAGAAUUUAUGAGAAGGUUUGUGAGGGUGGAAGUCAGGAAGACACUGCAGAUAAGUCUUGUGAAGUAACUUCCUGGGGUCCGUGGUCAGAAUGUUCCGCUCAGUGUUCGCAAGGCAAGAGAUACCGUCAACGAUCGUACAUUAAUCCAUUAGCUGCUAGUCAAGCUGGCUGCAAGGUUACUUUGACGAUGCGGCAGGUGUGCCAUGGAACCAAUUGCGAUGAAAAUUUUGAUAUGGGAGCUGAACCUGACGAUGAAGAUAUGGAAACGGUUGAUCCUGAUUGUGCUCUAACAGAAUGGUCAGCAUGGUCUGAAUGUAGUGCCGAAUGUGGAACUGGCACAAAAACUCGGACCCGUAAAUAUAAGAAUAGAAAUGCACAGAAAAAGUGUACAAAAGGAGAUCCAAGUCCUCCACCUUUACAACAAGUUGAAGAAUGUCGUUCUGACAGUGGUUGCGGUGGUGAUAUAACUCCCGAGCCAGUAAGCGUUGGACAACGAGGAAAGCCCGCCAAUGCUCGUUGUAGAAUGACCCCAUGGAGCGAUUUCAGUCCUUGCAGUGCAACAUGUGGGCUAGGAUUCAAAGUUCGUAAUCGCAUGCCGAUGCACAAGCAUGCCGAUCUUGACAAAUUUCACAGAAGAGUCACAGAUUUGUAUCACAGACGAACACAAGAUACAGACAACGACGACGAUGAUGAAACAAAAACAAGAGUAACGGACCCCAAUGAUCCAUGCUAUAACGAGAAAAUCAUUGACGAGGUAAGAUGUGGCCACGAUAAUCCCCCAUGUUCCGGUCAAGGUCUUUAUUCGGUUCCAGAAUUCUGUUUCCUUGAGCCAAAAGUUGGAAAUUGUCGCGGAAGUAUUAACAGAUGGUACUAUGAUCAUCACAAGAAGGAUUGCAAACUUUUCCCCUUCACCGAGUGCGGAGGAAAUAAAAAUAAUUUUUUGUCACGAGAGGAUUGUCUAGAUAUCUGUGCUCGUGACAAUCAACACAACAAUCUCAUUAUUCGUGAUCAGAUUAGGGGCGAUUAUUUCGAGAGAGAUCGUUACGACACCGUACCGGAAAAGGUGGAUUGUGUGGUGUCCGAGUGGAAGAGAUCAGCAUGCAAUGUUACAUGUGGCGAUGGAUUCCGUUUGAAGACACGAACGAUAAUUACACAACCCAAAAAUGGUGGUCGCAAAUGUCCAGCGAAAUUAAGGAAAGUUGAACGGUGCGUGGCUCGUUGUGAAGCCAGUAACGACAUCAGUUCACUUUUGCAGAACACAAAUAAAAUUGCGAAUGAGUAUUCGAAUAUGGAAUGCGAAUACUCACAAUGGUCAAGUUGGACACCAUGCUCUAAAUCAUGUGGAGAGGGAGCUGUUCAACAAAGAACGCGAUAUGUCCUUAAUCCAGCUUUGGCGGCUUUUUGCACUCAUAGAUUAGAGGAGAGACCAUGCACGCAUAUAAUGCCGUGUCUUUUGGGCAGAAAAUAAAUUAUAUUUACCUACUUUAUAAAUUAUUCUUGAAGUUAUAAUAACACUUGUUUAA